GUCGUUAAGUAUAUGGUUAAUUAUGUAAAAUUACAGCAUGACUUUUAUUUAUUAUUUCUAUGACGUAAACAUCUGCUGUGACGCACCUUCCGGGUUAGGUCAUUUCUUGGCGCAUGAGAAGAGCAGAAGCGCACAGGUUGUAUUGAAACCAUUCAGCCAUGGCUAAUCAACCAAUGGACGUGAUAGCAAAGGUUUUGGAAAAAGUGGAAGAGCAGGUGGAUGCAGAGCUGAGCAAACUGAAUGAGUUGGAGGAGGAGGAUUUCGAGAGGCUUAAAGAAAAGCGGUUAGAGGCUCUCAAAAAAGCUCAAAAACAGAAGCAGGAAUUUUUGUCAAAAGGUCAUGGAGAAUACAGAGAAAUUCCAAGCGAGAAAGACUUUUUCAGUGAGGUUAAAGAAAGCAAAAAAGUUGUCUGCCAUUUCUAUAGAGAUUCUACUUUCAGAUGCAAUAUCCUUGACAAACACCUGUCCAUCUUGGCUAAAAAGCAUGUCGAAACCAAAUUUCUUAAACUAAAUGUGGAGAAGGCGCCAUUUCUCACAGAGAGACUUCGCGUGAAAGUCAUUCCCACAUUGGCUCUGCUGAUAGAUGGAAAAACAAAAGACUACGUUGUUGGCUUUUCUGAUAUGGGUAAUACAGAUGAGUUUUCCACUGAGAUGCUUGAGUGGAGACUUGGCUGUGCUGAUGUCAUCAAUUACAGCGGCAAUUUGAUGGAGCCUCCAACACAAACUAAAAACUCAGCAACCAAAUUUACAAAAGUGGAAAAGAAGACUAUCAGAGGACGAGGAUACGAUUCGGAUACAGACUCUGAAGAUGACUGAAUAUCUACCCCUGGGUUUAGUCUCAGGACUACCUCAUUAAACAUUCACUAUACAUGUAGGCUUUUAUCCUGCAUGUCUCCCUAUAAUUUUCUAUUUUCACACCAAUUUGAUCAUCCAGCUUUUCAUUUCAUUUACAGUUGCACUGUUGUCAAAUUGAAUAAUUCAUCUAAUCGAUCUUCCAAUCAACUGUACAUUUGUUUCACUGUGCCAUUCAGCUUUCUGUGCCCAAUUCCCUUUGUUUAAAAAAUAAAUAAAUAAAUAAAUAAAAUGUU